GAUUACUGGCUUUCGCCCUUGGACAGAGAAAUGAGAUCAUGAUUUUCACCAAGGACAGGAACCAACGCUGCCUCCGCCGCUGCCCAGGCUGCUGCUUCCCCUCCCUGAGCGGGUCCCGCAUUACAUCACCGGCGACAGCAGCCCGAGGCGGGAGGCAGAAGCGCCUCCUCCCCGCCGGGAGCCGAGGCGGCGACCGAGGGGGAGGAAGGCGCCUCACCUUGCCCCCGAUGAGGGGCGGAUCAUGCCAUGGCAGCGCCGGCGAGCGACAGCGGCGGCGGCGAGCGAAGCCCAAGCAGCAGACCGGGGAGCUCGGCAGGAGCCGGGGUCGCCGCGGCGGGAGCCCGGGACAGCGGGGACGCGGGAGCUCGGAGCGCCGCGGUUAAGGUCCCCAGCCUCCCUCCGCUCGAGGACUACGAGUGCAAAAUCUGCUACAACUACUUCGACGCGGACCGGCGCGCGCCCAAGCUGCUGGCGUGCCUGCACACCUUCUGCCAGGAGUGCCUGAGCCAGCUGCAGCUCCGCGCUGCCGCCGCCGCCUCUGCCAGCGCAGCGUCUGAGCGCCCUCUGCGACCGCCGCCCUGGCACGGCCCGCCUGGCGCCAUCGCGUGCCCCGUGUGCCGCCACCGCACGCCGCUGCCCGACAGCCGCGUGCACGGCCUGCCCAACAACACCAAGCUCGCCGAGGCCUUCCCGCUGGCCCUGCGCGCGGCGCACGACCCGCUGCCCCAGGACCGCCUCCCGCCGCUGCCGGCGCGCCGCGCCGCACCCGCCGCCGCCCCGACCCCGGCCCCGCCGCCGCCGCCAGCUGAGGACACCGCUCCCGGACCCCGCGCCCGCGCGGGCCUGCGCGCCCCGGGCGCCUACGAGAGCUGCCAGAACUGCAAGCGCGCCGCGCUCACCGCCGGCUGCGUGUGCGUCGUCUUCUCCUUCCUCUCCAUGGUGGUGCUGCUCUUCACCGGCCUCAUCUUCGUCAACCACUACGGCGGCGGCGGCGGGGGGGUACCUCCCGGCGGCGGGGCGCCCCCUGGCGCUGCCCCGGCAACCGGGUCGCCCUCGCCUUCGCCCGUGGGGCCUAUCUGCCUGUCGGUGGCCAGCAUCCUGGCGCUCUUCUCGGUCGUCGUCACUUGGGUCAUCUGCUGGCUCAAGUACCGGCCCGACGGCGCGGCCGCGGGCUCGGCUGGGGGCGGCGGAGGUGGCCCGAGGGCGCGGGCUGCGGCGGGAGGCGGCACGCGGAGGAGCGACACGUAGCCUGGCCGCAAGCCGGGCCUCCGCCGGCACCUCCAGCCCCGCGCCGCCAGAGGGGAGGGGGGUCUCCCACUCCGCGCGCUCGAGCUUUGCCCUUUCCGUGCGGGCCCCGGACGCCCGGCCACCUCCGAGCCUGGCUGUCGCGCCUCUCCGGCCUGCCACGCCCCGCCUCCUCCGCGCGGGGUCGGAGAGGGAAACCGAGGAGGCGGGGAUCCUGCCGGGGAGUCCCGUCUCCACAGACUGUGCAAGGUCAACAGCCCUUCGCGCACCACCCUCGUCCUCGCUAGAGUGCACGACCGUCCCUCCCCAGAGCCCGAAGAUUUGCCAAGAGGAGGGCAAAAGAAGUGGGACCCCCGCCACCCGGCCUGAGAGCUGGUUUUCCGGCGGCCGCGACCAGAGAGUUUAAGGGAAGAGGUGCGCGCGCGCACGUCUGCGGUUGUUGUGAAAGGACUUCUAUUGUCCAGAGUAAGAAUGAAUGAGAUGUCAACGUGAGGGAAGGCUUUCCCUGCUUCCUGGCGGUCCUGGACCGCGAAGGAGCCGAGGCGCCGAGGGCUAGGUCCACCGCCCGGGGGCACCAAGCGGGAGAGAGGGGCGGCGGCCCGCGGCAGGGGCUCGCAGCUGGGCGACCCCCCACCCCCACCCGGCAGGUGCGCAGCGCGCGUGCGCGCCCGGGCUGCCGCCGAGUCCGCGGAGUGGAGAGGUGGCGGCUCGAGCUAGGCUGUGGGUCCUGCAGCUCCUAGCCCGGCGGAGCGCAGAAGUCCCAUCUCCUGGAAACUUACGGUGGUUUUAUUCACGUCGUUACUACCAGGAAGUCACUUCAUCUUCUGUAACUGGACUCAGGGAGCUUAAAGAGCCCGUUCUCUCUUCUCCUCUCAAAACUGACUUACUGUUGCCCCCACCUGGAAGAUAUUGAAAGCUAUUCACGCAGAAUAUAAGCUGUAGGCUUCCUCCGCCUUUUUUUCUUAAUUUCAUUUUUCUAAAAAUAAUUUAUUUUAGGAUGUAUUAAUCUGGAAAUUUUGUGCAUUGAAAUUUCCAGGAAAGUGUUUGAUAAACAGUAAUAUUUCUCCCAUACCUCCAGUCCAAGUACAUUUCAAAAAUAAAGAGCAGAAAAUAAAGGCGUGUUGGUAAUUGAUUCAAGAUUUUAUACUGUGAAACAACUACUGACUUUCAAUUAUCUGAUAAAAUAGAAAAUAGCUCCCCAAAACGAAACUUACAAGUCUUAACUGACAAGUCUUUCUUCCUUUGAUUACAAAUAUAUAUCACACUUAUCAGGAAAAUAUUAUUUUGAAUUUAACUGUUUUGUUGGAAAUCACUGAGAUGUUCACACUGGUCACAUUAGAUGAAAAAGAAUACGUAUCUACCUGAUUUUGUAACUAAAAAGCUGAGUUGCGAGUGUAUGUUGCAAGUGGAUUAGAUGCCUUUUUAAAGAAAAAAACACCACUGUUCCAAAUGUAUUUUAUAUGAAAACGUUCUAUAUUCCAUCUUUUGAAAUUUGGAAUAAGACAAAGUUUUCAUGUCUAGAAAUCACAGAAGCUAUUGAGGGUAUGCUAUUAUUCCUCAUGUGUUUAUGCAAGCUGUCUGCAUGAUAUCCUGACACUAUUCUAUUAACUGAAUUUGAAUGGAGCAUUUGUGUCUAUCAUAGAGUGAAGUAAUUUAUUGGUCAUUGAUAAGUGGUAUGGCUGCAAUUUAGGAAUUGCAAUAUGGUGUGUUUUAUCUCUGCACUGUCUUAAUAAAA